AAUUCUUAGCCCUAUCUUCUGCUUUAGCCUUGUGUCAAAAACCCAGAGAAAUAUGGAUUAUCUUCAUACCAUUUCAUACCAGACAAAAUAUAACAUUUCCCCUACUUUAAGCCAAUCUGGUAACACCACUCACAUCAGUGUUCCAUUACGCAUAUCAACGCUAAUUCCGAUGCUCUUAAUCUUUGCUCCUCACAAAAAUAAGAUUUGCUAUCUACUGGAUAAGGGGAAGGCUGCAGAAUUGCCAGUGUUUUUCCAAAGACUGAGACUCUGCAUCCAGUUCUCCCGACCUUUGGGCAUAUCACUCUGUUUCAUACUGCUUCUUUUCUUGCAAAGUCCAGCAGAUACUCAGCAGUUUCUUUACAAGGCACCAUUAUUUCCACUGAUUUUUUUCAGAUCGUGUACUCGAUCAAAGAAUAUUAUCAUCACACUAUUAUUCCUCUCUAUAACCUAAAUUAAGCAACAGAAAAUGGCUCUAAAUAUACCAGGCUUAGUAUCUCUGAGUGUAUUUUUUACAUUAACUUUAGCUACUGGAAUUUGGGCUUCUUGGAAAAGCAGAAAGGAUCAGCAGAACAGGAACCCAACAGAGAUGGCCAUGGUUGGAGGCAGGAAUAUAAAUGUUGUCAUUGGGCUGUUCACUGCAACAGCCACCUGGGUUGGAGGAGCAUAUAUUGCCAGCACAGCAGAAAUCGUCUACCUGCCUUCAAAAGGAUUACUGUGGGUCCAGGCACCUGUGGGAUUUGCCUUGUCCCUUGUUAUUGGUGGUUUCUUCUUUGUAAAUCCAAUGAGAGCAAAGAAUUAUGUGACCGUGAUGGACCCCCUUCAAGAAACUUAUGGGAACAUGAUGGGAACCUUACUCUUCAUUCCAUCACUGCUAGGAGAGGUGUUCUGGUUUGCAGCUAUCCUGGCAUCCCUCGGAGCAACAAUGAGGGUCAUCUUGGAUAUUGGAGGCUCUUUGGCUAUCACCAUCUCGGCAUGCACUGUCAUACUUUACACUCUGCUGGGAGGCCUCUACUCUGUUGCCUACACUGAUGUCAUCCAGAUGGUUUUCAUUACCCUCAGCCUGUGGAUCUGUAUUCCCUUUGCCCUGGUGAAUUCUGCAACAGAAAGUAUUUAUUACACCGCAACCCGUCAGUCUUACCAAGACUCUUGGAUUGGAAAGAUAGAAAAACAGCAUCUUGGAAGGUGGCUGGAUGACUUCUUCUACUUGGUGCUUGGAAGCAUCCCGUGGCAAACUUACUUCCAAAGGGUGCUCUCUGCUGCCUCGACAGGACAGGCAAGGCUCAUCUCCUACCUCUCUGGACUCGGCUGCUUUGCAAUGGCCAUCCCCUCCGUGCUCAUUGGGGCAGUCGCAGCAUCAACAGACUGGAACCAGACAAGCUAUGGUCUUCCAAGUCCAUUCGAGAGAGGGGAGUCAGCAAUGAUACUACCACUUGUUUUACAACAUCUCUGCCCAGCAUAUAUCUCCAUUACUGGUUUGGGAGCCAUUGCUGCUGCUUCGAUGUCUUCUGCAGAUUCAGCUCUUCUCUCCACUGGCUCCAUGUUCGCUCACAAUAUCUACAGGAAAAUCCUGAGGAAAAAGGCUUCAGAGACAGAGGUGUUGUGGGCCAUGAGGACCUCCAUGUUGGUGUUUGGGGCUGGGGCAGCUGGCCUGGCUUCUUACUCCAGCUCUAUCUAUGACCUCUGGUUUUUCAGCGGGGAGCUGGUGUACGCCCUCCUCUUCCCCCAGCUCUGCUGUGCCCUCUUUGCACCCAACACGAACACCUAUGGAUCAGCUGCUGGCUUUUUGGUUGGGCUCCUGCUGAGGCUACUGGCAGGGGAGCCUGCCCUGAGCAUCCCCCCUGUCAUCCACUACCCAGCCUGCUCCCUGGUGAACGGGACCUACAGCCAGCUCUUUCCCUUUAAAACAUUCACCGUGCUUCUCACCUCGGGCACAAUCCUCGCUGUUUCACACCUGGCCAAGUUUUUGUUUCAGAGAAACCUCCUCCCUCGAAGCUGGGAUGUUUGCAAUGUCAUGAGGGGAACUGCCAUCCUCAUCCCCUUGCAGCAGGUGGAGAAACAGGACCGUUUGCCAACCAUUGCUCCAGAAGAGAACCAUGAUUAAUGUGAGGCUUCAUUUGAAAGGCCAUGGUGUGUUCAGCAGUUAGAGUGUGGCACAGAGAGCAUCACUCUUUGAUUUCUUCACUAAUGAUUUAAAGUCCUCACUGAGAAAUAAAGAGGCAUUCUGUUCAUCCAAGAAUAUGUGAGUUUGAAGUCAGCAGUGAUUAAAGUCACAUGGUUAUGGAGCACGAUCUUGUGGUGGUGACCAUGGGACACCUCGAUGCUCCUGGCAUUCCACCUGAAAGCAAAGCUAUAAUCCUGCUCCAACACUUAGGGUGUUCCCAAGACACAUAUUUUUCUCACCACAAAUUAAUGUCUGAUAGAUUGGGUAUUCUUGAUUAAAAAAAAAAAAAAAAAAAA